UUUCCUCUUCCUCCUACAAUCCAAUCAAACACUUCACACACAGAGAGAGCGAAACUCAAAUCCCGAAGAAGCCAAAAGAGUGAAACAAUGGCGUCGACGACUCUCUCAAUCGCAAGCUCAAUCCGUUCUUCAUCUUACCCAACCAUAGCUUCCGCUAAUCACUUCCCUUCCCGAACCACCACAUUCGAAUUCCCCUCCCGCUUCGGUGGUGCUUCGUCUUCCACACUCACUCACCGUGCAACUCAUCUCCGUCCCAUCGCCGCCGUCGAAGCUCCGGAGAAAAUCGAGAAGAUUGGAUCCGAAAUCUCAUCCUUAACCCUCGAAGAAGCUCGCAUUCUCGUCGAUUACCUUCAGGACAAGUUCGGCGUCUCUCCACUCUCCUUAGCUCCAGCUGCAGCGGCUGUUGCAGCUCCGGCCGACGGUGGUGCGGCGGCUGUAGUGGAGGAGCAAACCGAGUUCGAUGUGAUUAUCAACGAGGUUCCUAGUAGCUCGCGUAUCGCAGUGAUUAAAGCUGUGAGGGCUUUGACUAGCUUGGCGUUGAAGGAAGCUAAGGAGCUUAUCGAAGGGUUGCCCAAGAAGUUUAAAGAAGGAGCGACUAAGGAUGAGGCUGAAGAAGCUAAGAAGACUCUUGAAGAAGCCGGUGCUAAAGUCUCCAUUGCUUAAGGUUUUUUUAAAUAAAGUUCUUCUCUUUUCUGGAAAUUUCGGGGUCUUUUGUGUUGUUUAGUAUAGUUUGCUUUUGGAAUUGUUGAUUCAGCUUUAAGAAAUUGUUGUAAUUUGAGUAAAUUUGGCUACCGUUAUGCUGAUUUAGCCAUUGUUGCGUAGA